AUGGGUAAGAAUGUUUCUGCUGUGAUUCAAAGCAAGCUUCCUGAAAAAUGCAAGGAUCCAGGUAUGUUUACUAUUCCUUGUAUGAUAGGCGAUACUAAACUUGAGAAAGCCAUGCUAGACUUAGGAGCAUCUAUUAAUGUUAUGUCAUAUUCUGUGUAUGCUUCUUUAAAACUUGGACCUUUGAAUGAAACUAGUGUAGUUAUCCAGUUGGCUGAUAGGUCUAAUGCAUACCCCAAGGGUGUGAUUGAAGAUGUAUUUGGUACACUUACUAUGGAAUUUGAUGGUAAUGUUGUUACAUUCAAUAUUUAUGAUGCUAUGAAAUACCCUGGGGGUGAUAACUCUGCUUAUUCUGUUGAUAUUAUUGAUUCAUUGGUUGAAGAAGUUUUUGAAUUUAAUGGUGAAGAUAAAUUAGAAGUUGUUAUUUGUGAACACCUUGAAAAAGGAAAUAAUGAGUUUUCUCUGAGUGCCAAUUUACAUGAAGUUAUUGCAUCAUUGAAUCAUUGUCCUAAAUUGCACCAACAAAAUAAUGUUUCUUAUAUGGCUUUACCUGUCUCUAUCAAAAAAUUGUUACCAUCUGUCGUGCAGGCACCUAUCCCUGAGUUGAAGCCUCUUCCCAACCAUCUUAAAUAUGCUUUCUUAGGAGAAAAUAAAACAUUGCCAGUCAUAAUUUCAACUAAACUCUCUGCAAUAGAAGAGGAAAAACUUGUCCAAGUGCUAAAAGAAGACAAAACUGCCAUUGGGUGGACAAUUGCAGAUAUCAAAGGGAUAAGUCCAUCCAUUUGCAUGCACCGAAUUCUUCUAGAGGAAGGAGCAAAACCAUCUCGUCAACCACAAAGAAGGCUAAACCCGCUCAUGAUGGAAGUAGUCAAGGAAGAGGUCCUCAAACUCCUUGGAGCUGGGAUAAUCUAUCCUAUUUCAGACAGCAAAUGGGUUAGCCCAACUCAAGUGGUUCCUAAGAAAACAGGGAUUACAGUUGUCAGAAAUCAAAAUAAUGAACUUGUCCCCACUCGUAUUCAAAAUGGGUGGCGAGUUUGUAUAGACUAUAGGAAGUUGAAUGCUGUUACAAGAAAAGAUCACUUCCCUUUAUCGUUUAUUGACCAAAUGCUAGAAAGGUUGGCCGGUCGCUCUUAUUUUUGUUUUCUUGAUGGUUAUUCAGGUUAUUUCCAGAUUCCAAUCGCUCCGGAAGACCAGGAAAAGACGACUUUUACAUGUCCCUUCGGCACUUUUGCAUAUCGACGCAUGCCGUUUGGCCUCUGUAAUGCCCCGGGUACCUUUCAGAGGUGUAUGGUUAGCAUAUUUUCUGAUUAUGUUGGGCAUAUGAUUGAAGUUUUCAUGGAUGAUUUUACAGUUUAUGGCGACUCUUUUGACUCCUGCUUACAUAACCUUUCACGUGGGAUUGAGGUUGAUAAAGCCAAAGUUGAUAUUAUAGAGUCUCUGCCGUAUCCUACUAAUGUGCGGGAAGUCCGCUCUUUUCUUGGACAUGCAGGUUUUUACCGAAGGUUUAUCAAAGACUUCUCGAAAAUAGCACUACCUUUAUGCAAAUUGUUGCAGAAAGAGACAUCCUUUGAGUUUGACAAAAAGUGUAAGGGAGCAUUUGACGAAUUGAAGGAGUUGUUGACAUCUGCGCCGAUCAUUCAGCCACCUAACUGGAACUACCCGUUUGAGAUUAUGUGUGAUGCAAGUGAUCACGCAGUAGGGGCUGUGUUGGGCCAAAAGAUCGGGAAAUCGUCCCAUGUUAUUUAUUAUGCUUCUAGGACUUUAAAUGAUGCUCAGAAAAACUAUUCUACUACAGAAAAAGAACUUUUAGCCAUUGUUUUUGCUUUAGAAAAAUUUAGGUCAUAUUUGCUGGGCACCAAAGUUAUCGUUUAUUCUGACCAUGCAGCUCUUCGCUACUUGAUGAAAAAGCAGGAAGCCAAACCAAGAUUGAUAAGAUGGAUACUCCUCUUAAGUGAGUUUGAUGUGGAGAUCAAAAAUAAGAAGGGGUCAGAGAAUCUUGUGGCCGAUCAUUUGAGUCGGUUGGUACACAUUGAACCUGAACCUCCGCUGCAAGAAGCAUUCCCUGAUGAGCACUUAUUGGCUGCGACUGUGGUUUUACCUUGGUAUGCUAACGUAGUCAACUUUUUGGUUGCCAACAAGUUUCCUCAUAAUUCGUCUAAAGCCCAAAAAGAUAAAAUCAGGAGUACCGCCAAGUACUAUGUAUGGGAUGAACCGUACCUCUGGAAACAUUGUGCUGACCAAGUGGUAAGGCGGUGUGUACCUGAUAGCGAAAUUUGUUGUGAUGCUUGCCAAAAGUCAGGUAAUUUAUCCCGGAGAAAUGAAAUGCCACAAACUCUGAUCCUAUUUUGUGAGGUCUUUGAUGUUUGGGGUAUUGAUUUUAUGGGCCCAUUUCCUGCCUCUUUUGGUUUUGUCUAUAUUUUACUUGCUGUUGAUUAUGUUUCGAAGUGUGUAGAAGCUAGAGCUACCAGGACUGAUGACUCUAAAGCUGUUGCAGAUUUUAUCAAAUCUAACAUCUUUUCCAGGUUUGGCAUUCCAAGAGCUAUAAUAAGUGAUCAGGUUACUCACUUUUGUAAUCGCACCAUCGAAGCAUUGCUUAAGAAGUACCAUGUCACCCAUAAGGUGUCAACUGCCUACCACCCACAGACUAAUGGGCAGGCAGAGGUGUCCAACCGAGAGGUGAAGUCAAUCCUUGAGAAAACAGUCAACCCAAACAUAAAGGAUUGGAGUUUGCGAUUAGAUGAUGCAUUGUGGGCGUAUAGAACCGCAUACAAAACACCUAUUGGUAUGUCCCCUUAUCACAUUGUGUUUGGGAAAGCUUGUCACCUUCCCGUUGAGUUGGAGCACAGAGCCUAUUGGGCUGUCAAGAGCUUUAAUAUGAACAUUGAUGAAAGUGGCCUACACCGGAAGUUGCAACUUUCUGAGUUGGAGGAGAUUCGCAAUGAGGCCUACGAGAAUUCAAGAAUCUACAAAGAAAAGACAAAAGCAUUCCAUGACAAGAUGCUUUUGAGAAAGGAAUUUUCAAUUGGACAAAAAGUCCUCCUAUUCCAGUCACGUCUUCGGCUAUUCCCAGGUAAGUUACGUUCUCGUUGGGUUGGUCCAUUUAUUAUCACUAAUAUUUUUCCUCAUGGGGCGAUAGAGAUUCAAAGUUUACAGACUUCAAAGAUAUUCAAGGUUAAUGGCCAUCGGCUUAAACCUUACCAUGAAGGGGCUCAAGUUGAAUAUAUUGCUGACAUACUUCUUGAAGAUCCCAGCUAUUUUGAAUAA